ACUGAAAAACUGAAUUGAACAGUUCUCUUCUCUGUUACUGAAUGCUACUCUGUUGUACUUGAAACGUAAACAAUCGGCGAGGUGAACUAACAUUAUAAACCCCGAAGACAAUUUUUAUAUAAAAAGGUUUUUAAUCUGUUCGUCUUGGUUAUUCACAACGUAUUGUACUUCACAUUUACAGAUAGUCAUCAAAAUGAGUUCCACAAGAGUGAUUCCGAUAGAACGUGAAAUGGUUGAAAACAUCACUUUCACCCCAAGGAGAUCAAAAACUAAGCAAGAAAUAGAACAAGAGUUCUUGCUAUCUUUGAGAUCUUAUGAACAGGAAGAAAUAACGGUAUCUGGAAAGGUUCGAGUACCGUCAAAAAAAAGAAGGGAAUCUUCAACACAAGAAGCAAGUGCGGAGAUGACGAUUGUCAGAGAAUAUGAUUUUGAGGAUGGUCCUAAUGCCGUACACGUGGUAGUGCGUAGGAGGUCCUCAGCUGCAUCAUUCAACCUGAAAGAUCUUAGUCACCAGUUUGAGGAGCAAUUCAUAAAACAGCAUGGGAACAUUUUAGGUCAACAAGAUGAUUUGGAUAUAGAAAUGUCAUGGAAGCCUAAGGUUUCCCCAAUAUAGAAUGAUCACGGAUAUUCAGCUCUCUGUUUUUGCCAAUGUGUUGGGUGUGUCUUUGUUUUUAUUAGUGGUAUUAUACCAUUAUAUAGCAGCAAAUUACUCGAAAAUCCUCAUAACCUCAAUCUUGAUGGAAAGUUUAAUACAGAGAAAAAAGACUCCAAUGAAGCAAUUGAACUUCAGACCAUCAAGAUGAAAUCACUGUUCACUAUUAUUGGAAAAUUAUAUUAAUGUAAUAUUUAUGUGUGGAUGAGUUUAAAUAAUAUGUCUGUUUGCUAAAA